AUGCCACCUGGCAGCACAUUUGCCAUCCUCAUUGCGCCGAGGUCCCACAAGCGACUGGCCGGCAAGCCACUCCCGCUGUCCGGGCAGCUUCCCGCGUCCCGCCGCGCUCCCGCCACAGACACUGCCCAGCAUGUCCCAGGCAUUGCCUCGACACGCGUAUCUUCCAGCGUCGACAUCCCUGCCAUCUUCAGGGGUUCCAAUGAGCAAUCCGCCACCGGCGACGGGGAGCUCAACACCUGCGUCUCCGAAAUCACAGAGAAAAGCAAAGGGCCACGUUGCCUCGGCCUGUGUUCCAUGCAAACGUGCACACUUAAGAUGCGACGUAACGGAAAGGAGGACACCUGUGUCGACGUCCAGCACAAGAAGCGCGGACGACCUCGGCUACGAGACGAUCGCGAGACACGCUACGAAGUAUCAAGAGGUCCGGCCUCGCAUCAUGACGCUGGCCUCACCGGACCCACCAAUGCAUACGCGCCCGGCAGCUCUGCGGUAGGUCCGGGCUACGAUAUUGCCCUCCAUCAUGCACAGCAACAACGACUGGCGAAGCCCGACCCGAGGGAGUCCAUUCCUGCGCGGUACCGACCGCCGCUCUCCCUCGCCACGCAGGCCGAAGAGCCAGUAGCCUACCUGACACUUGGCUUGCAGUUCCUACGAGUCUCUGACCCGUUUCGAGAGGCCAUGGGCGGCCUUGGGGAUCGACGAUCUUUGCACGACGUGGUGAUGUUGGGGGACCGGGACAGGGUGCUCUCUUUGCAGGGCGACCUCAUGGCCGAGCAGAAGCAGAUGGAGCCGAAUUAUCUCCCGCCCAUUUUGGAUCGAGGCGAGCAGAUUCUGGGGCGCCAUGGGUUCAGUGCGAGGGAUGUAUCGGCCUUUAACCUCAACCGGCAAGAGUAUUUUGGAUUCGUCAUUGGCGAGGGGAAAUGGCGGCAGUACCCAGUGAGGCUGGGUCUGGGGAAGGAGGGAUCCUACUUUUUCGUCGUUAUGGCACUGGCGGUCAUGUCGAGCCCACACACUCUCUCGCCUCUCGAGCGGCAGCCGGGACUCUACGGGUCGUCGAUGCCCUCGCAACCACCGCCCGGCUCCAUGGCCCACGACCUCCACAGACACCGCUUGAGCGAAGGCUCAACGCAACCACGUCCGAUCCUCAGCUCAGCACCCCAGUUGCUGGGUGGGCAGAGCGAAGGGCUUAGUCCGAUCGGUUACCCCCUCUCGACGAGCCGUCCCGAGUAUACAGGGCCUCCGAGCUUCCGGUCGAGUCAAAACGAUAAUUUGUAUCAACUACCGCCCAUCCGGUCACAGCCUACUAGGGAAGAUAAGACAGCAUGGGUUCCCAGCCGGAGUGGCCGUGUUGACAUUGGGGGUCUGAUUGAGAGGCCAGAGGGGCCCAGCCGGCCAUGA